AAUAUGAAUCGGUGCAAUACUACGUGUCGCACCACACGUUUCCGGGAAACGGAAAACCGCGGAGGAUUUGAAAUCUUGUCUCAAAAGCCUCGAUAAUUUGCCGUUUCAAAGUCAAUCGGAAGAUCAACGACCUCCGAUAGAAUGUUCAAGUUCUGGGGUUCUCAAGAACAACAAGCUGAUCCAAGGCCACCGGAAGUUUCUACAAACUCAUUGUAUCCUCCAUCUGGAGUGACUUCGCCAAGUUCUUCUCGGCCCACAACUCCUAAUAGCAGCAAUUCUAACAGUUUCACACAAAGACCUGAAGAGCAACCUCAAUUCUCAUCUCAUGUUCCUCCUGCAGAGGCUGCUGCCAUAAUUGUUUAUCUAAAAGACAAAAGUGUUGAUGAGUUAAGGAAGCUGUUAUCUGACGAGGAGGUCUAUCAACAAUUCUUGCAUUCGAUUGACCUUGUCAAAACUCCGAAUAACUUAAGAGAUGAACUUCGGGAUGAAACUCUGCAGCUUGCUAGGGAAAACUUGGCAAAAGAAUCGUGUAUGAUGGAACUGCGGAACCAGUGCAUGAUCAUACGUACAACCGAGUUGGCAGCUGCUGAAGAGAAGCUAUAUGAGCUCAACAAGCGAAAAGCAGAAAUCCUCAAAUCUUACUCCCCAGCCUCCCUGCUAAACCAGCUUCAAGAGUUGAUGAAUGAGAUGGAUGAAGAAUCCGAAACGGUCCACAAACAGCUUCUUGAAAAGGAGAUGGAUGUUGCAACUUUCAUUCAGAAGUACAAGAAGCUGCGUGUGGAUUACCAUAAACGCGCUCUCACCCACCUUGCAGCCAAGACUUGUUUGUCGGGUUAACCGGUUUGAUUGUUUGGCUAGAUUCAUGAUCGUGAAAUUGAACAUUACCACGACAUUUUGUAAUAAUCGAUUGUUGCAUA